GUGUGUAGGGAUGGUGGUGUGUGUACGUGUGUGCUCUGGUGCGUGCGUGUGUGCAUGUGUGUGCGUUUACACACCUCGAGCUCUCUGAUUGUCCGUGUCACUGUGCCAGUCGGAUCUGCUCCUGCUUUCCCUCACGGCCACGGCGGCUGAAGCAGAGGACCAGGCUGCGGCGAUGAGAGGUCAGGGACGGAGUCUGAAGGGAGCUGCCCCUGAGGUCCAGACUUGAGCGCUGGCGCGCAUUUGAGGCCGGAGGCGCCUCCCGCGGUCGCCUAGGAGCGCAGCUACUUGUUGAGUCCGUAACUUUCUCAGCGCUCCAGCCGCCGUGAGUGUCAUGGGGGGUGAAGGACAGUGCUCACUAGGAUGUGUCACUAGGAUGUGCAGUCUGGGAUCUCGUGCUUGCCCAGGCUCCCCGCGUCGGCCGGUGUUCACAAGGAGGGCCUGGAGAAGAGUGCGGGCUUUAUCGCUACACAUCUGAGAUUCAAGAGGAGGAUCCUGAAGAAGAAUGGCCAGCUCUGGUUCUCAGGACGUGGUCUGUGGGUCAGUGACAUUUAGGGAUGUGGCUGUUGACUUCUCUCAGGAGGAGUGGGCCUGCCUGGAUGCUGCUCAGAGGGUCUUAUACAGGGACAUGAUGUUGGAGACCUACAGAAACCUCCUCACAGUGGUGGGAAGUUCCAUUUCCAAACCCGAUCUGAUCACCUUAUUGGAGCAGGAGAGAGAGCCCUGGAUGGCUGUGACGGAAGAAGCAGACAGGCCCAGCCCAGAUAUGGAGUCAUGUUACAAAGCUGAAAGUAUAUCUCCAGAAAGUCAUAUUUAUAAUAUAAAUCUGCCCAAUCAGAGCAUGGAGCAAUUAAAUAAAUCUCUUGAUCUCCAGGGCUCCAGUUUUAGUAAUGGUCCCAACUAUAAUACAUUCAAGAGACUACAGAGUUGUCAAGGAGAUGCUGAUCUAAAAAUUAGUAACAAGGAAAAACUGCCUGCUUACACCUGCCGGACUCUUACUCACUACAGAGAAAAAGCCUAUGAAUGUAAAGAGUGUGGGAAGUAUUUUGGUUGUAGUUCAAAUCUUGUCCAACAUCAGACUAUUCACACUGGAGAGAAACCCUAUGAAUGUAAGGAGUGUGGGAAAGCCUUCAGACUCCACCAACAACUUACAAGACAUCAGAAGUCUCACAGUGCUGAGAGACCUUUUGAAUGUGAUGAGUGUGGAAAGGCCUUUCAUCUUCCCAACCUGCUUAAGUACCAUAAAACCAUUCAUACAGGUACAAAACCAUUUGAAUGUGAGGAGUGUGGGAAGUCCUUCAAUCGUGUCUCCACUCUUUUUCAACACAGAAUUAUUCAUGCUGGUGUGAAGCCAUAUGAAUGUAAAGAGUGUGGGAAAACCUUUAAUCGUCGCUCAAACCUCAUGCAACAUCAGAAAAUUCACUCUGGUGAGAGACCCUUUCAGUGUAAGGAAUGUGGAAAAGCCUUCACUGUUCUGGCACAGCUCACUCGGCACCAGAACAUUCAUACUGGAGAGAAAUCAUUUGAAUGUCAGCAGUGUGGCAAGAUAUUCAGUAGUGGCUCAUACCUUGCACGACACCAGAGUGUUCAUACCAGUGAGAAACCCUUUGAAUGUAAUGUCUGUGGGAAGGCUUUUAGGCUUCACCUGUAUCUUUCUGAACAUAUGAAAACUCACACUGAUGAGAAACCUUUUAAGUGCAAACUGUGUGGGUCAGCCUUCAGACGUAAGUACCAACUUAGUGAACAUCUGAGAAUCCAUACUGAUGUGAAACCCUAUCAGUGCAAGGAAUGUGGGAAACACUUCCGUCGACGUUCAAAUUUUACUGAACAUCAGAGUAUUCACAUUGGAAAGAAACCAUUUGAGUGUAAGGACUGUGGGAAAGUCUUUAGACUUAAUAUACAUCUCAUUCGCCACCAGAGAUUUCAUAGUGGUGAGAGACCUUUUGAGUGUAAAGAAUGUGGAAAGACUUUUCAUUUUUCCAGCCAGCUUAAUUACCAUAAAACCAUUCAUACAGUUCAAACACCUUUUGAAUGUGAGGAAUGUGGGAAGUCCUUCAAGCGUGUCUCCAGCCUUGUUGAACAUAGGAUUAUUCAUGCUGGUGUGAAGCCAUAUGAAUGUAAAGAGUGUGGGAAAACCUUUAAUCGUCGCUCAAACCUCAAGCAACAUCAGAAAAUUCACUCUGGUGAGAGACCCUUUCAGUGUAAGGAGUGUGGAAAAGGCUUCACUGUUCUGGCACAGCUUACUCGGCACCGAAGUAUUCAUUCUGGAGAGAAAUCAUUUGCAUGUGAACAGUGUGGGUCUGCAUUCAGACUUCAGUACCAACUUACACAACAUCAGAGAAUUCAUACUGAUGUAAAACCUUUUCAGUGCAAGGAAUGUGGAAAAGGCUUUAUUCGUGGUACAGGCCUUAGAAUUCAUGAGAGAAUCCACACUGGUGAGAAGCCCUUUCAGUGUAAGGAAUGUGGAGAAGCAUUUCAGUAUCAUUACCAAUUUCUUGGACAUUUUAGAAUUCAUACUGGAAAGAAUCCUUAUGAAUGUACACAGUGUGGGAAGUUCUUUACUCGUGGUGGAGACCUUAAAGUACAUCAAAGAAUUCACACUGGUGAGAAACCUUACCAGUGUUAAUGUGGGAAGCCCUUUGGUGAAAAUCAAGCUUGGUUUGACAUGCUAAAAUUCAUAUUAUUAAGAAGCCUUAUGAUUUAAGAAAUGUGAAGGCCUUCAGUAAUUCUAAGAUAGCUGUAUAUUGUAUAUUGGAGAGUUCAUUAUGAUGAAAAACCAUAUGAAUAUAAGAAAUUUCAGAAAAUAUUUAUAUUUAGUUCAGCUGUUACUACUCUGUGGAGAAUUCAUACUGAUAUAAAACUCUUUGUCACUGUAAAGAAUGUGGAAAAACCUUCAAUUUGAGCUUUGGCCUUCAACAUAAAGAAUCCAUGCUGGUGUAAAAUCCUGUGAAUGCAAGGACUGUGGGAACAUUUCUAGAAUUAGCUCUUCAGCCUCAUCAGAGAGCCCUUCUAGGCCCGAAACCUGGUGAAUAUGAAGAGUGCGGGAAAGCCUUAUUGUAAACUAUGAGCUUACACAACAUCAUCAGAAGUCCUAUGCGUGUAAGGAAGGUGGACAAGUCUUUUAUAUGGAAAUUUUACUGAACAUCAGAGUACUCAUUGGAAAGACUGUGACUAAAAAGAAUGUGCCCUAAGAUUUGGUCAGCAUCAGAGUAUUCAUGUAUUUUUGAUGAGGAGAAAGCCUUAGAGAGUGAGAUUGUGGGAAGUCUGUUGUUCAGAGAUGAUACUCUGUUGGUAAUACCUUUGAAUGUCAGAAAUAUAGGGUAGCCGUCAUGUUCUUGAUGUACUCUUGUUUUUUUAAUAAAUUUAAUUUACCAAACACUAUACAACCAACAUAGGAAGAACGGUUAUUGGAACUAGGGUUACCUGAGGCUCCUUCCUUGUCCCAUGGCUCCUGUGGUUUAGGCACAGUCUUUACAUUCUGUUUAGUUGAUUAAUGGUGAGCACAGUACCAGACAAAAAUGUGGAUGCAGGGUCCAACAGAUAUAAAAUCCUUGAAAAAGCAUUUGGUUCAUGCCUGUAUUCUGUAAAGUGACUUUUAUGGUGUUCUUGCUUUUAUUGCCAUUCCUGUAACUGAUACGAAAGGCAAAUUGUAUUGCAGAUAGUUUAGAAAAGACUCACGCAUUCCUCCACUAUUCAAUUUUAAAAAGCUUCAUUCUGUACAAAGUCUGGUGACUGAAAAUGUAUAUGAAAGGAUUUUUGUUGAGAAUCCAUUCCUUAGGUGUUUGUGUGAAGUUAAUAAACAAAGCUAUUGAUGAGUAAGAACUUUUUAAUGGAGUUUAAUACAUAAAAAUUUCAAAAGCUAAAACCCUAUAAUUUGUACUCUCUGUCCACCAUUAAGACAAACUAUACAUUUGUGACAGGGCAUGAUAGUGCAGUCUCCUCUGUCACCUAGUCUUGCUGAAGCUAUUUGGGGGGUGAAUAGAAUUUGACUUCUAAUGGAGAACCUUGUGGAAAAUUACAUAACUCUGUUCUUGGAACUAGAGGUCAAGAUUCCCCAGCUAAUUAGUCUGGCUUCUGUUAACCUGCCUGCAUAUACAAACCUCUCCUUGCAGCUAACUGCUUAUUUUGGCUUCUGUUAAACUACCAGCUUAGGCAAAACCUUCCCUUACAUCUGCUGAGCAAGAUAACAGGAUGUGGGUUUUGCUUUUAAUAGUCUCUUGCUCUAAAUGCUUGGAGCUACACAGGUCCCCACUACCAGAUUGUAGUCCUUGCUGUUUGGAAUAAAGACUUUUAGUUGACUAUAAACCAUCUGAGUGAUCUUCUCUGGUGACCCAUAAAAGAUUAACAAAAAUAGCCAAAAUUGGCUGGAGGGAGGAUGGUGCAAGCCUUAAUCCCAGCAUUCAGGAGUCAGAGGCAGGUGGCUCUCUGUGAGUUUAAACCCAGCCUGAUUUACUGUAAUUGGUUAUUCUUUUACUCUCUGGUGGUGGUGGUGGUGGGGCUUUCCUACAAGUUCACAAAUAAACAUAUGCAGGCUUAUUCUUACUUACAGAUGCCCGGUCUUAGCUUGACUUGUUUCUUGUCAGCUUUUCCU